GCCCCAGCAGAACCACGCUUUUCCUGCCUGCCUGCUGAGUCUGCAGCUCCCCUGGCCCUGGCAGCAUCGAUCCCCCAGAUCCCACAGCCAGGAUUUGUCAAUCCCAAACUUUGUCUGGAUAGAGCUGGAGGAGGCUGCCAGGAAAAGGAAGAUGGCCUGGGACACUGAGGCAGAGCAGGAGCUGAGCAUGGAGAGCAGGGAGGACAAAUGCCCGCGGCAGAACCUGGUGGAAGAGGCCGUUUUGAGCGGCUCCACGGCGCAGGAAGCCAACGGGGAGGAAAAGCCCCGGAGAUGCCGCACGAGGAGGGGCUGCAAACGCAGCCGGCGGGGAUCUGAGGGGGAAAGAGCCAGCCUGGGCCGGGAAGGCGGCCGGAGACGGAGCCAGAGCUCGGAGCUGGUGCUCCAUGAGCAGCUCCAUGAUGGGGAGAAACCCCACACAUGUGGGGAGUGUGGGAAGAGCUUCAGGUGGAACUCCGAACUGAUUGUGCACCAGAGAAUCCACACUGGGGAACGGCCCUAUGAGUGUGGGGAGUGUGGGAAGAGCUUCAGAUGGAGGUACAAUCUGAUUGAGCACCAGAGGAUCCACACUGGAGAGAAGCCCUAUGAAUGUGGAGAGUGUGGGAAGAUCUUCAGCGUGAGCUCUAACCUGAUCAGGCACCAGAGGACCCACACUGGGGAGAGGCCCUAUGAGUGUACCAAGUGUGGGAAGAGGUUUACGACCAGCUCUGAUCUCCUCCUGCACUAUUGGAUUCACAGGGAUGAGAGGCCCUUCCAAUGCCCCGACUGCUGGAAAGGAUUCACGCACAACUCUGCCCUCAUCACCCACCGGCGCAUCCACACUGGGGAGAGGCCCUACGAGUGUGAUAAAUGCAGGAAGAGGUUUCCAACCAGCUCCAAUCUCCUCCAGCACUAUCGGAUUCACACAGAGGAGAGGCCCUUCCGCUGCCCCGACUGUGGGAAGGGAUUCAAGCACAACUCCCACCUCAUCAUCCACCGGCGCAUCCACACUGGGGAGAGGCCCUACGCGUGUCCCCAGUGUGGGAAGAGCUUCUCCAGGAGCUCUCACUUGACCCGACACCAACAGAGGCACCACUAAGGGAAGCCCUGCGAGUGCCCUGAGUGCGGGCAGAGCUUCGUGCGCUGCUCCAGCUCCAUCCCCCACUGGAGGAGGCACUUUGGGCACAGCCCUGGUCUCUCACAUUCCCUGUGAUCCAUGUUGGGAACACACCUGGCUGCUUCGCCUUUUGGUUUGGCCUUAUUUUUCCUCUGCUAUACCUUCGUCCUUAUAAACACCCAAAACUGGGUUAAAUGAAGGAAAUUGAUUGAAUAUAUCUGCAGUUUCAUAAUUUCUCUGUUGUUUCAGGGGGAAUUUAAUAUUUGGAGACACGUUCUGUAUGGAGUGCUGCUGGUGCUAAGAGGAAGCAAUUUGAUCUCACCCUUCUUGUGUUGUUAAGAACUCCUCCCCUGACCCAAACCCCAACUCCACCCUUUGGAUACCCUAUAAAAACUCCAUGGCCCUUCCUUUGCCCUGUCUUUGGAAGAUAAGAAAUGGAUUCCCAAAGGAUCAGCCGUUUUCCAACUGGAUUCCCAGAGGAUCAGCCCUUUCCCACUGGAUUCCAAGAGGAUCAGCCUUUUUCACUGAAUUCCCAGAGGAUUCUGACUCUGUCACUGUUUCUUUUUGUUUGUAUAACUGCAUUUGUAUUUUUAAUUUUUGCUUAUAAAGUACUGUUUAUUCUUCUCUCAUAUCUUUUCCUGAGAGCCCCUUAAUUUCAAAAUAAAUUGCUAUUAUUAUUAUUAAUUGUAAUCAAAGGGAGGGGGUUUACAUUUUCCAUUUCAGUGGAGGCUCCUGAAAUGGGGAGAUACCCCCAAGGCUGGGCCAUGUCAAAUAGUUCCUGAAAGAUGUAAAUUAGUUGAUAUAUAUGUAUGAGGGUCUAUGAAUAUGCAACAGGGUGAUGUAAUUAAAACCAGAUUAAUUAAGGGGUGUCCCCGAACAUAACUGGGGGGUCUUGGUGGCCAUAACAACCUUUGCUCGAUGGUCCUUGUCUCCCAUUACAUCAAUCCGUUGCAUAUUCAUGGCCUUGUUGCAUAUCCAUGAAGUACUUUACAUAUUCCAGGAACAAAAUUGGCUUAAUCCUGUCUGGGGGUCCAACCCCCCUCCCAGCUCAAUUUUGGGUGUCCCAUCCUCCUCCUAGCUCAGUUUUGGGACCCCAUACCCAUCCCAGCUUAAUUUGGGGGUUCCAUUCCCCUCCCACCUCAAUUUGGGGGUCCCAUUCCCCUCCCAGCUCAAUUUUGAGGUCUUGACCCUCUUUUCCGCGCUCUCUUCUUUUCGAUCGUUCCCCCAGUCCCCUCCCCCGUGUUUGGUUUUGGGGGCUCCAGGCCCCUCCUGCUCCGUUUUGGGGUCCUGACCCUGUUUUGGAUUAAUUUGGGGUCCCCAGCCCAUCCCCAGGGUCACCUUCCCCCCCUCA